GACACUGACAUGGCUCUUCUCUGUCUGCACCCUGGAUUUACUCUGCUCACAUCUUGUGUUAUUCUCUCGGCAUACCGUGUGUCGAUUUCCUGCUUGUUCGCAUUCCGUUGCCGACUCAGAGCCCGACUCCCGACAUUCGCAUGGACGAAGACCGUCUGCCACCUCAAGGAGCACCGGCGAACACCACUUUCAGAACCGAGCGAUCUACUUUCCCGUCCGCGACGAAGAGCCUUGCUCCAGCCUCUGGGCCCGGAUUCGCCUCGGCCCAACCGUCCAGUCUCACGGCAGGGUCAGGCCCUGGAGCCGGUCUGGUUCCGUCUCUGGCUGCGGCAGCCGCGGCCGCCGGACCCAACGACGAAAUGCUAUCCAGUCUGCGCUUCGCAGAAGAGUCCCUGCAGCAAGAGCGACGCAGCCGCGGCUGGCUCGAGGCCGAGUUGCAGAUCGGCAAGACGCUGAUGGCCACGAUGAGC